CCCUGUCAGCACGCAUGACAAAGGCCGACUGCCGCAAACCUUCCGUCACUGUUCGAUAUUCGAGUUUUUAUUUUUAUUAAUUUAAAUUUGACAGAACGUCACAGAAUUUAAUUUAUACUGUAAAUGCUUGUGAUUUUAGUGAAAUAUGUAGUGGUGUGUUGUGAAAGUGAUUAAAAUGUGUUUCGGGUUAUGGACAGUCACGAGUUUGUUAACAGAUAAUUCUUCCAUCAGACACAAUAAGACUUUAAGGGGAGCAAAAUUAUCAAGGUGCAGGAUGUUGGUGCAGCCGUGGUAGAGGUCGGGAGGGCGGCGGGAGGGGCUCGCGCGCGCCCGUCCGCCGGCCGCCUGCCUCCUCCGGCCACGCGCUACUAUGCUGAUGGCAAGCGCCCUGUCCACUCUCCUCGCGGUGCUGUGUGGAGCGAUGGCGGGUGCAGGCGCGAGCGAGGUGUCGGCCAACGCGAGCCGUGUGAGACGGGCGCCGCUCACGCACCACGCGCACCGACUCAUGACGGAGGAAGAAAUGGACGCUACCGCAUCUUGGAAGCGUUCCCACUGGCGCGAGAUGCAGUCAAUACUACGACGGGAGGGCUCCCAGAAGGAGGUCGUCGAGUGCUGCCCCUCAGUCCUAGAGAUGGUCGCGAAGAAAGGCGGCCGAACCCCCACCGGCCUCUAUGUAGAACUCUACGAGGACGGUGAGAACAAACAGAGGCUCUACGAGCUAUCCUGCGCACCUGAUGUUGUAGACAAGCCCUGCAGAUUCGUAGACGCUCGCCUCUACAACCAAUCGAGAUGUGUGCAGAAGUAUUCAUACUCCUACGCACUAGUAAGGUAUUCAUCAGCUACCGAGAUGCCGCUGCGACAUCGGCCGGAAGGGCAUUUCUCUGUCCCCGGUUCCGGCGGCUGGUCCAUGGACUAUGUGAUAGUUAGAGCCGGCUGUGAGUGUCAAAUCACUCCGCCUAAACGCAAGAGUGCGCACCGGAAGCGAUUAGAGAGGCAUCGCCGGAAAAGGAAACGACUGGAGGAUGACGAUGACACUUGAUGUGUGUGUUGUGUUUACCAGUGGACUUAAUAAAUUGCGGUAUUUCCGAUUUAGUUUAAGAUUAGUUGAUUUGUCGUGAUCUAUGUUUUGCGGCUGCACUUUGUAUAACUGAAUAAAAUUCUGUAAUUCACAUACGCCCUUAUAUUAUCUGCCUGGCCUCUGUCAGCCUAAGCGUAAUAAACGACUUUUACAGAAAAGUAAAAUUUAAUAAAAAUAGGAACAACUUUCUCUCAAGUCUUUUUAGUCGGCACUAGGGCAUGGCUUGCAUAUUGAACCGUAAUGGGGUAAUGGAGCAGGGAUCACGGCAUAUCAACGAAAUUGUUACCGAUGCCAUCAAGUCAGAUAUAAGCUUGGUUGUUUUGACAAUCGGUACACGUAUUAAUCUAUGUAUUUAUUAUUAAUAGUCUAUUUAAUUACGCUUCUUGAUGUAGUCUCGUCAAAUUUGUAAAAUGAAGUGUCUUGCUUUGUGCCUUAAUGAAACGUGCCAACACUUAAAAUUUAGAGCUUUUAAUAGAAUAUUAAACCAUUCAAUGAGGUAUUUUUAAUCAAAAUCUCCUUAAAAAACAUAAUACCUCAUUAUGGCGCAAAGACGUUGAUUGGACUUGUGAAUCGAACUAGUAACGCGUCUACAAUAAAAGGUCUGAGGUCCUAAUGUCAUUGAUUUGAAUGCUCUCUUAAGUUUUUAAGAAUAUUUAUUAAAUUACUUUUUUUGUACGCAAUACGUUGUACAUCCCACGUAGUUUAAGUGCGUCCAGUCAAAGAUCUGUAUUAUUUUCUAUUUUGUAAUACUUUUAUUGUAUUUAAAAUUAGCAUAAGUUUCAUACAUUUAUUUAUAUUGUGUUAUAAAUACGAGGUAUUCCGACGUGUUUCACGACGUGUAACUGUGUAAAAUGGCUUCCACAUUAUGUAUUAUACACAAUUAAUUUUAACAUUGCAAUAGUAUUGUGGACUGAGAUUAUAUUUGUGCAUUUAAACGUGAAAACGAUAUAAUUAACACCUUUCGCAUCAAUUGAUAAUAGCGCCAUCUGUCUUCGAGUAGAAAAUUGUGGUUAUGCCUACAGGUUAACAGAUGGUACUGUUUUUAAAACAAUAUACAAUAACAAUUUAACAUCACGUAACAGUGCCAUGUAAUUUUUAUACAAAGUCAAUUAUUAAUAAUUUUAUAAAUGUAUCUAAACUUAUAAAGUAUAAAAUAAUGCCUAUUUUAAACAGUUCAAUAUAUCUAGUAAUUAUUGUACUUACAAAAUUCAUCUCACUGAGUCACAUUAAGUAUUUGAAAUUUAUUUUUAAUCACAGCGGUAAUAAACAAACAGGCCUU